UAAAUUUCGUAGGAUUUACAAUUAGUUACUUGUUUACAAUUCUGAUUGUGAAGGUUUUUCAUGUUUUUGUUCUACUAAAUUAUAAACACUUAUUGUUUUAUUUGUUGCGUGGCUGGGCAUUGUUGUUUUGUUGGCCGUUGUGUUGAUACUGGGGAGUAUCGCGGAGUGCCAGACUGCCAGGUUGAUCACAGCUUGCAGCAUGCCCAUCACAGCCGCGGGGGCCUUCGUCAGCACCAACGCCAGCGCUGUGUCGCGGUCCGCGCGCGCCCCCACCCAGGACGGUGUGGGCAGUCGUGUGGUGCGCGGUCCGGACUGGAAGUGGGCCGAGCAGGACGGCGGAGAGGGGCAUGUGGGGACAGUGCGGAAUUUUGAGUCGGUGGAGGAGGUGGUGGUCGUGUGGGAUAACGGGACGGCGGCCAACUAUCGCUGCGCCUCGGCGUAUGAUCUGCGGAUCCUGGAUAGCAGUCCCACAGGGGUGAAGCACGAGGGCUCCAUGUGCGACUCGUGCCGGCAGACGCCCAUCUACGGGAUCCGCUGGAAGUGCUUCGAGUGCCCCAACUACGACCUGUGCUCGGCGUGCUAUCACGGCGACAAGCACAACCUGCGCCACCGCUUCUAUCGCACCACGGCGCCCAACACCGAGCGCCUGCUGAUGGAGCCGCGUUUCAAGAGCAAGAAGAAGAAAUCCCGCGGACUCUUCGGCAACGCCCGGGUGGUGCGCGGCGUGGAUUGGCAGUGGGAAGAUCAGGACGGUGGGAACGGGAAACGCGGGAAGCUGACGGAAAUCCAGGAUUGGUCGGCGGCCAGUCCGCGCAGUGCGGCCUAUGUGGUCUGGGAGCACGGCGGCAAGAAUCUUUACCGGGUGGGUUUCGAGGGGAUGUCGGACAUCAAGUGCAUCCAGGAGGGCAAGGGCAGCUCCUACUACCGCGACCAUCUGCCGCUGCUGGGCGAGCACAUCCCCGGCCGGCCCGGCCCGCAGGUCUUCGCCAUCGGCGACAACGUCAACGUGGAUCUGGAGCUGGAGAUUGUGCAGUCGCUGCAGCACGGCCAUGGCGGAUGGACGGAUGGGAUGUUCGAAUGUUUGGGAACGACGGGCAUCGUCAUCGGGAUCGAUGAGGAUCAUGAUAUUGUUGUGCAGUAUCCCAGCGGAAAUAAAUGGACGUUUAAUCCGGCGGUGCUGACCAAAGCCCUGUCCACCGCGGCCAACAACAGCAAUCUGGCCGCGGCCAACAACACCGCGGAUGCCGGGGAAGCGUCCAGCUAUCAGAGCUUUCAGGUGGGGGAUGUCGUGGAGGUCUCGCGGGACGCGGAGCGGGUCAAGAUCCUGCAGCGCGGCCAUGGGGAGUGGGCGGAGGCCAUGUUGCCGACGCUGGGCAAGGUGGGUCGGGUGCAGCAGCUGUACCACGACGGGGAUCUCAAGGUGGAGGUCUGCGGCACCUCCUGGACGUAUAAUCCGCUGGCCGUCACCAAGGUCGCCGGACCCAACAACCAAGUUCGUUUGCAAGCGCUGCUGAAGAAGCUGUACGAGACGCACGUGAGCGGCGACAUCCACGAGGAGCUGGUGAAGGCCGCCGCCAGUGGCGAUGUGAUCAAAUGCGAGGAUCUACUCAAGCGCCCGGACGUCAACGUACGACCCGCGAUUUUUCCCGAAUUAUUCCGAUUUAUUCAGCGGAAAAUUGUGAGAAAAGACGAGCGUGUUUUGCAGGUGAACGGCGUUUUCUCCGGCCACACGGCCGUCCAAGCAGCGGCGCAGAACGGGCACGUGGAUGUGCUGGGGAUGCUGCUGAAAGUCAAGGCCGAUGUGGAGAUCGAGGACAAAGACGGUGAUCGGGCCAUCCAUCACGCGGCCUUCGGUGACGAAGCCGGCAUCAUUGAACUGCUGGCGCGCGUGGGCGCCGCCGACCUCAACGCCCGCAACAAACGCAAACAGACCCCGCUGCACAUCGCCGUCAACAAGGGCCAUGUGGCCGUGGCCCGGGCCCUGCUGCAGUUCGGCUGUCACGCCAGUCUCCAGGACAGUGAAGGGGAUACGCCGCUGCACGAUGCGGUGAGUAAGAAGCGCGACGACAUCCUGGCGCUCCUGCUGGAUCACAACGCCGACGUGGGACUGUGCAAUAACAACGGCUUCAACGUCCUGCAUCACGCGGCACUGCGCGGGAAUCUCAGUGCCAUGCGAAUUUUAUUGGGGAAGUUGUCGCGCGGAUGGCUGGUGGACGAGCAGAAGGACGACGGGUACACGGCGCUGCAUCUGGCGGCGCUGAACAACCACCUGGAGGUGGCCGAACUGCUGGUCAAGCAGGGCCACGCCAACAUGAACCUGCAGAAUGUCAACAAGCAGACCGCCCUGCAUCUGGCCGUCGAGCGCCAGCACACCCAGGUCGUCCGGAUGCUGGUGCGCGAAGGCGGCGACGUGAACCUGGCGGAUAAGGACGGGGACACGGCGCUGCACGAGGCCCUGCGCAGUCACACCCUGUCGCAGAUCCGCCAACUGCAGGACAUGCAGGACAGCCAGGUCGGCAAUCCCAUUUUGCUGAUGGGAUUGGCGGCGCACGCGGCCCAGGGCACGGACAGCAAGAGCAGCGCCUCGCUGGCGUUGUUCCUGGUGGCGCACGGCGCCGAUCUGCUGGUGAAGAACAAGAAAGGUCAGACGCCGCUGGACCUCUGUCCCGAUCCCAAUCUGGCCAAGGCCCUGAACAAAUGCCAGACCGACAAAGCGAACGGGACGGUGAGUCCGACGGGGAAUUAUCUGCGGACGGAGGAGUGCCCCAAAGACUGUCUGGUCUGCUCGGAUCAGCCGCGCGACACCCUCUUCGGACCCUGCGGCCACGUGGCGGCGUGUGGGCAGUGCGCGGCACGCGUCAAAAAAUGCCUCGUCUGUCGGGAGGCGGUGGUGAGUCGCGCGGCCAUCGAGGAGUGUCUGGUGUGUUCGGAGCGGAAAGCGGCGGUGCUCUUCCAGCCCUGCGGCCACAUGUGCGUCUGUGCGCAGUGCGCGCCGCUCAUCAAGAAGUGCGUCAACUGCCGGCUGCCCAUUGAGCGCCAGGUGCCCUACGCCGUCUGCUGCGCCGCUUCCGCGCCGCCCUCUCCGUCGCCGGUCCCGGCGCCUGUGCCGUUGGCUCCGGAGCACAUGUCGAUGAACAACACCAACUACAAACCCAACAACGUCUCCGUCGCCAAGCACACCAACGCGCCCACCGACGUCACCAAGCUGCAGCAGCAGCUGCACGACAUCAAGGAACAGACGAUGUGCCCGGUGUGCAUGGACCGCAUCAAGAACAUGAUCUUCCUGUGCGGACACGGCACCUGCCAGCUGUGCGGGGACCGUGUCACCGAGUGCCCCAUUUGUCGCAAACUGGUCGAGAAGCGCAUCCUCCUCUACUGACCGGCUUUCCCUUCAUCUCGGCGUUUAUUUUAUCCGUUGCGGCGCUUUUGGAUCUGAAUUCUUUUCGUUCGUUUUUAGCUGUGUUUUUAUCCAGUUAUCACCGCUUUCUGUACAACUCUUAACUGUAAAUAACCGGUAUUUCAUGCUGUGUUUUCAUUUCAUUUACUAAUAAUUUUUUUAUUUUCAUUUAAUGGUUAUUUUAUUAUGUAUGUUUUCUUCUGUUUUCGUGGAUUUGGUUUGCUGCUUGUAUUAUAACGUUUGGCUCGUAAGGUUGGCGUACGCUGGGUACAGAACGUCUACAUAAAGUGGUGAAUUCUUAUUAAAAAAAAGCAGGCAGAAUCGA